AUGUCGUCCGCACUCGAGGAGGGCGCUCAGCCGUCGGCCCUCGUCGCAUCGAGCACGCUCGUGUCGCCCCGCGUGACAACGGCGCUCAUCCUCCGAAUGCGCGCCCUCGUUGCCCACUGGAUCGCAGUCGAGGUCGACGAGGAGAGCAUCACGGCAAACGAGGGCCUCAUCAACGAGGACGCCGUUGCGGCCUUCAUCCAGGCCGGCGGCGAUGUCACCAAUGCCGUGCCGUUUGCCUUGCUCGAGGCUAGAAAGACAUUUCUCAACGACGCUUCCCAUCGCGAGCACUCGCUCAACGAGCAGCGAGCUUUGGCCUGCGAGGUGAUUGCCCGCCGCGUCGUCGCCGAGCUGGAGCGAGCCGAGGACAAACUCUCGGCGCAGAGCAAUGAGGGACGCGGGCAAAAGGGCAGCAGCGGCAUCAGCAGUCACAUCAGCCUCUCGAAGCGAUUUGUGCGCAUUGAGGAUGAUGGCGACCGCACCUUGCCCACGAGCGCCCUCGAGACCGCCGUCGACCAGAACUGCGUCCACUUCCUGUCGUCGCCCGAGGCGCAAAAGUGCGCAAACGAACUCUGGAAGGGCUACAUCACCCAGCAGUACUCGGACAACGGUCUCGUCUUUUUCGAGCCCCACCACCCUGCCUCGUCGUCAUUCAUCGACCGCUUGGAUCCUUCGCGCCUUGCGGUGCCCCAGUACCAGUACUACACAGGCAUUCUCAUCCACGUCGCCCUCAUCGUCGUCUACACUUUCAGCACGCUCGAAUACACUGGCCUCGACACCUGGGAGAUCCUCCUGUGGUGCUUUGCUGCGGGCUACCUCGUCGAUGACAUCACGAGAUGGAUCAAGAUGCGUGGCUUCGACAGCGUCAUCUCCUUCUGGGUCAUUGUCGACUUCUUCACCGAUGCCCUCUUCGUCACUGCUUUUGCUUUCCGCGUCGCAGGCUGGGUUGCUCGCAGUCAGGAGCGCUCCGACGAACUGCAGCUCCUGGCUUUCCAGUUCUUGAGCUGCGUGGCACCCUUCUUGUGGAUGCUCCUCCUCAAGGCCCUCGAUGGCAGCCAGUACAUCGGCAUCAUCCAGCUCGUCCUCCUCCGCAUGCUCCAAGAAACGGCCGCCUUCUUCAUCCUCCUCCUCUUGACCGCUGUCGGCUUUGCCCAGUCCCUCUUUGCCCUCGACGCCGCAGACGGAAGAAGGGUGCCCAAUUCGGUUUCUUUUGUCGUCAACCUUCUCACAGCUGCCAUUCUUGGCCAGCCCGACUUUGACGGUCCGGCAGACAACUUUGGAGAGCCGUUUGGGACGAUUCUCUUCUACGUCUUUUCCUUCAUCACGCUCAUGCUCUUGAGCAAUAUCCUCGUCGCUUUCUUCGCGUCGGCCUAUGACAAGACGGUGGACAAUGCCGAGGAUGUGUUCCGGGCCUACUUUUGCUCAAAGGUCAUCUCCACCAUCCGAGCUCCGGACCAGUACGUGUACCUGGCACCUUUCAACUUGAUCGAGGCAUUCCUGAUCGCACCGCUCGAGCCACUGCUGCCCCGCAAGACGUACGCAGGCAUCAACCGAGUCGUCCAAUCGGUCCUCUUCUGUGUGCCCCUCGUCUUCAUUGCACUCUAUGAGACAUACAUGGAGUCCCAGGUGGCCAAGGCGCUGCGCCUCGAGAUGCUCGAAAGCAUGCCCGAGGAGCGGCAGCGACGCCGCAUUCAAGUCACGGGCAUCGAGAACGGCGUCUUGGACCCAGAGAUCCCGUCUCGGGACGGACAGUCUGCUGAUGAAGGCGAAGAAGACCUCGUCAUUUCCCGUGUCAAGUUCGAGACGCUCUCCAAGCGCCUGCCCGUGGUCAAGGGCCAGGAAGAAGAGGAAAAGGACGAUAAGGUGACGGCCGACGACCUCCGCACCGUCUUAUCCGAGCUCAAGUCGCUGCGUCAAGAGUUGGCCGAACUCAAAUCUGCAAAGUAG